ACCGGACUGACGAGAAUACAGAAAGAAAGCGGAAACUACAUGUAUUUUCUAGAUGAAAAAAAUCCAGUUUUUUUUCCCUUUCGAGGUAGUUUGAGUGCGAGAAUGGCUGAGUUAACAAAACAGGGUGUUGGUACAGUAUCGCGUCAGGCGGACCCCAUAUCACGCGACAACGAGGAGGAACUCUGGUCAAAGGGAGUAUUUGGAUCAUGAACAGCGAACUCACUUUUAUGUACAGUUUUCUUAUAUAACUGCAAAUUGUUUGGGAUGAGGGGGACCGAUGAGCACAGAAACCUAGAGCUGAAUCAAUUUAAAUUGGAGAAAGAACCCAUAAGUCUUACAUUCUAUGGGAGAGCUAACAAAACCUACAAGGGUGGACUGAAUCAAAGGCACAUUGCUCCAAAAACUAUUACGCACGUGUUUUCUGACCCAAAGCUUUUCGUUAUAUACGAGGAAUACAACCCACUUGUCCAAAUGAUUUCUACUAAUGAGAAUGGUUCUGAACCAUUUUAUAGGCGUCCUCUGGAAAACAAGAAUAGCUUGAAAACAUUUAGUAAGCAGUGUCUUGGUGUCAAUAAGUUGUCAAAGCUUAUGAAAAGUAUUUGUGAGGAAUGGGGCUCAAAGGCGCAUUUAGUAACCAUUCAAGGAAGAGAACUUGUGCAACUCAACUUUAUCAAGCCGGAAUUGAAGAGCAGGAAAUUAUGGGCCGUACGGGACAUCGCAGUAUACAAAGCGUAAGAAAAUACAAAAGGCCUUCAGCAGAAAUGCUAGAGAACAUUUCAAAUGUUUUGGAACCGCCUCUGAAAGUGAAACGCGAGAAAGUUGAAAUGGAGUGCAAGAUGUCUGUAACCACUGAGAAAAUGGGUUCUAAUUCUGCCUGUACCGCGGCCGGUGUUACUUCGUAUAACAAUUGUGUUUUUGAAUUUAAAGUUUGACAGUUGUCAGUACAAUGCAUAGUGCAGAGCAAGGAAAAAAGCCAGUUAUUUAUAUUCGCAUAGACUAAUGCUGGCAAUUAUAGUUUGAUUUCAUUGUAGAAAUUAAAGUUUUUAAAUG